AAACCACUUUAAAUAGGUGCUGGAAAAACCUGUGGGCGGAUGUAGCGGUAAUGCAUACUGAGAAUGAGACAUUAUCUGAAUAUGCCGAUAUUUUCCAAGUCUCCCACAUGAUCGGAGGAGAAGGAUUCCACGAUAUAACUAUUGAAGACAUCAAUGAACUAUUCGAAAAUGUUGUUAUUUCCGAUGAUGAGAUUUUGCAACAUUUUGCAGAAAACGAUUGUAAUGACAACAAAGAGAAUGAGGAGGACAGGGAAGCACAUUCGAGCGCUGCUGGUCUUAGUGCAUCUUUGAUCCAAAAUGGGUUAAACAUUGCGAUGGAAUUAGAAAAUCAUUUCCUCAACUUGGCACUAAACACGGAACGGUCCGCAAGAUUCCAUCGCCAAUUAAAUGAAGCAGUAGAAUGCUACCGUGAGCUGUAUGAAGAAGUAAAAGCAAAGAAGACGCAGCGAUUAAUGACCGAUUUUUUUUAA